AUAUGAUAGUAACAUUUUCAUUUCAACACAUGACACUACACUAGAAAAAAGAAAGUGUGACUACUUCACCGAUCACCAAAAGAGAGCUCAAAUUAAGUUGAAAAAUGGCCUUGAUUUGGCUAGUUUUAUCACCGAUCGUGUUCAUCUAUUUCCUUCAACAGCUUCUCGGGCCGAGAAAUAAGAAGAGGCUGCUGCCUCCCGGCCCGAAAGGCCUUCCCAUUCUAGGCCAUUUCCACCUGCUGGGGAAGAACCCUCACCGUGAUUUGUACAGCCUGGCCCGAAAACACGGCCCGAUCAUGGGCUUGCGUUUCGGCUUCGUCCCAACCGUCGUCGUGUCGUCUCCCGCUGCAGCCGAGCUCAUUCUAAAGACACACGACCUCAUCUUCGCCAGCAGGCCUCCCAACGAGGUUGCCGCAUGCAUACUCUACGAUGGGAGAGACUUGGCUUUCGGGCGGUACGGCCCGUACUGGCGCCACAUGCGAAAACUCUGCACCUUGAAGCUGCUGAGCAAUGCGAAGAUCAGCCAGUUCCAGCCCAUGAGAUGGGCCGAGCUCGGGCUGCUCGUUACUUCUCUUAAACGGGCCGCUGAGAGGCGGGAAGCCGUGGAUCUCAGCGUCCGGGUUACUGUCCUCAACGCUGACAUGAAUUUGUUGAUGUUGUUUGGGAAGAAAUAUUCAACUAUGGAGGAGAAAGGGUUCAAAGAUGUGAUCAGAGAGUCUAUGGAGAUUGUUGGAAAAUUCAAUCUGGCUGACUAUUUUCCGUAUAUUGGCGUGCUUAAUCUUCAGGGAUUACAUGGCAAGAUGAAGCGGUUGAGCAAGAUUUUUGACGGGAUUUUGGAAGAAAUAAUCGAUGAUCACGUGAAGAUGAAGAGGCAGAAGGAGCAUACUGCAGACAUUGUUGAUACAAUGAUGGAGAUUAUGGAAUCCGAUCAAGCAGGAUUCGAAUUUGACCGUCGCCAUGUCAAGGCGGUUCUCCUCGAUAUGAUCGUAGCAGGGAUGGAUACGGCGUCAACAUCACUCGAGUGGGCAAUGUCGGAACUGAUGAAACAUCCGGCAGUAACGAGAAAACUCCAGCAGGAACUGGAAUCAGUGGUUGGAUUGGAUCAAAUGGUGGAAGAAUCACAUCUCGACAAACUAGAGUACUUGGACUGCGUGGUCAAGGAAUCCAUGCGUCUCCAUCCCGUGGCGCCCCUCUUAGUCCCUCACGAGUCCAUGGAGGAUUGCGAGGUCGGAGGGUUCCACGUGCCUAAAAAAGCAAGAGUUAUAGUGAACGUGUGGGCUAUCGGGAGGGAUCCCGAUGUUUGGGCUAAUCCCGACUCUUUUACACCAGAGAGGUUCAUUGGUAGCGAGAUUGACCUGAGAGGCAACCAUUUCGAAUUGCUACCAUUUGGUGCAGGAAGGCGGGGCUGCCCCGGGAUACAAUUGGGACUUACUGUGGUGAAAUUGGUGCUGGCGCAGUUGGUGCAUUGCUUUGAUUGGGAGCUUCCCGAUGGUAUGACAGCGACUGAAGUUGACAUGACAGAGAAUUUUGGCGCGGUUACUGCUAGAGCUAAGCCUCUCGUGGCUGUACCAACUUGUCGUUUGCAUAAAUAUUGAAAUUGGAUGUUAUAAUUGCUAGCUUUGAGCAUGUACUACUAAUUGAUGAGAAAUGGCAGCAACGAGAGAUGUUUUGUGCCUUGUCUAUUUUAA